CUUAUCAAUCGUAAUUAGCUUGCUAAGCUUAUUUGUAAGUGCUUCUAUAGAUUCGCAAUUGCCUCUGCUACUGACAAAUUCUGCCUGAUGCCACUGUAUUCCUUGGCCUCGUCCACCAGAAAGGACUACUAUAAAGGAUGCAAUGAACCACCGUUGAUCUAGGGUUACUAUCAUUAGUAUCCUCACCAGUCCCUCGAUUCUUGGACCCUUUAAAAUCUUCGACCAUUUCUGCCUCUCUCAAUUUUCAGUCAUCUCCCUCGUCAUGUCUCCAAAAGUCACGCUUGCAGGAGCCAGUGGAAACUUGGGCCCUGCCGUCCUCGAGCAGCUUCUCAACGCAGGGUUUGAAGUGAACGUUUUGACCAGAGAGAAGAAGGACAGCAAAUUUGACAGUCGCGCCAAAGUCACUCAGGUGGACUACAACUCCUUGGAGUCUUUGACUUCCGCCCUGGCCGGCCAGGAUGUGGUCGUGAAUACUCUUGGCGUAGGAACCAUCCCUCGUGAAGUCCAUCUCAGGCUCGUCGAUGCUGCCGUGGCCGCCAAAGUUCAGCGAUUUAUCCCCUCCGAGUUCGGCUCUGAUACCACGAACCCCCAGGCCGCCAAGCUCCCUGUUUACGGCGAUAAAGUUGCAGUGCAGCAACACCUCAAGGAAGCGUCGGAGAAAUCGGGUGGCACUUUCACUUACACAUUCUUUAUCAACGGUCCAUUCUUGGACUGGGGCCUGAAGACCGGCUUCUUGUUGAAUCUGGCAGGCCCAGAGGCGGAGUUGUAUGACGGUGGUGACCGGAAAAUCAGCGCCACGACGCUUGCGGGCGUGAGUAAGGGAAUCGCGGGAGUCGUCCGGAACUUGGAUGCUACCAAGAACCGCACAGUCUACAUCCGUGAAGCCGAAAUAACCCAGAACCAGUUGCUGAAACUCUCGAAGAAGCAGUUGGCUACGAAGGUCGUCAGUACCGACCAGCUGGAAAAGGAUGCUUUCGCGGAAUUGCAGAAACCGAGUCCGAAUUUGGGUGUUUUUGCUUUUAACCUGAUCAAACGCACCAUUUUUGGUGACGGAUAUGGUUCUCAAUUCCCGGCAGAGAAUGUGUUUAACGAUCUACUAGGGGUUGGCUCUCUGAGUGAAGCAAAACUUGAAGAUAUUGUUGUCCGGCACAGCUAGUGGGCCCGCCUUAUAUAUAUGUAGCACAUCUCAGCGUUUAAAUCUACCAAGACAAUUUCCAAAGCCU